AUGGCCAGCAGCGAGCAAGACGAACUACCGCCGCUGCCACAAUUCGCGCCGUCCACCUCUCCGAAGCGUUUGCGACAGCCACUGACCGCGAGCCCCGCUAUUGUCACCCAGCGCAUUGUCCGCACUCCUGGUCCUGACGAACUGAUUGCGAAUCUGAUCGACUCCCUGACCGCAAUAUCCAGUCAGAGCGCGCCAGCAGAAGAUGACCGACCAGUAGAACAUAGACUUGACGCAUUUCACGAAGAAGACGACAUAGACGACCGACCACAAUCUGCAGGCUCUUUCUACGUGGGAGGCGCCUAUGCGCCCUCGAUUGUCCACCCACCUGGCGCUGACUCUGAGAGCGAUGACGAUGCAUGUCCACCAGCAGUAAUACCAUUCUCGCGGCAGCCGCAGAGAAAGAGAAGGAUGGAGAGACUUUCAGGUCUGUCAAACAAUCAGACCAGCAACACACUACGUCCGGAGCGGAGUCUGUCUGUGCGUGGUUCGGUGCAGAGCCUCCGCUCCUUGCAGAAUGGCAAAGACACCGGAUUAGGGGGACUUGAGAAACGGAAUGGGUCAGCGACAAGUUUGACUGCGUCCUUGUUGAGUCUGAGGAAUCGAAGUCCCAGAAAAUUGUCACCUGCAGGAACGCCAAAAGAACACAGUCCUACGCGGUCAAGAGCAAUACCCGAGCGAGCCUACUCUGAUUCAAUACUGCGACCUCAUCGAAGCUCGUCACUCCGCGAUAGCAAUGGCGAUGCGAGUGUGAUUAGCACAGACGACUCACAGACAAGCAGCACAUUGAGCCCGUUGAACCGUGAGAAAUUGGAAGAGCAUCUGAUACCGUCACGGCAGUCGUCGAUGCGAACAGCGCGGCGUGGUCAUCACCGACACUCAACAGGGAGCAGAGACCUCAAAGAUCUGCAGAUCGAUGAGGAGCUGAUCAGCUCAGACGACUCGACGGUACGACGGAUCAAGGAGCUGCAAGAGGCCAAGGAAAGGCGACAUUCCGAAUGGCGGAAGGAGUCAAGUCCGUCUGAGCCUACUCCAAAACGGCAUUCAGCACCCAGUCCGAAGGCACUGCGCAGAUCGAGCACUUAUCAGAGCUCCAAGCUGUCGGUGACAGAGGUUUUGAUCGAGUCAGAGCACGAAGAUCCCCAUCUCACUGCUCAGAUCAGUGCAGCUGAUCUUGCCCUCAUGCCAGCAAUUGUCGCAAACGAGGGCAACAGUCCGUUGACGCCAGUUGGCGGACACUCAACGGCAGAUACUCCUGCACCGCCGUCAAAUCAUCAACCUGCGUCUGUACCGACUCUCAGCGCUCCUGUGCCUCCCAGAGAUCGUACUGCUAUCCAGCAUAAACGCCUGUCGUCAAUGUCGAACCGCGAGUCAAGAGUCGACGAAGUCCGAUCGAUAUCAGAUGAGGUGGAGACCUUCCUCAGUGCUUCGCGACUAACGCAGAAACUUCGGCACCCACGGACGGGUCGCACAAUCGCAUUUUCUGAAGUUGGCGAUCCGAACGGGUUCGUAGUAUUCUGUUGUGUGGGCAUGGGACUUACACGCUUCAUAAUGACAUUCUACGACGAGCUCGCGCGGUCGUUACGGCUACGGCUACUUACGCCCGACAGACCUGGCGUAGGCGAGAGUGAGGCAGUCCCAGAGCGACUCAACAACCCGCUGACUUGGGUUGACGACGUUUCAGCAAUAUGUGAGGCGCUCGAAAUAACGAGAUUCUCACUUCUGGCGCAUUCAGCAGGCACGAUAUACGCCAUGGCGACUGCGCUGAAGUUGCCACAGUUUGUACGAGGUCGAAUACACCUACUUGCGCCGUGGAUACCUCCAUCACAAAUGCCGAAAAGCGGCACCACAGGACCUGACGCUCAGCCAGUUGCCAUGUUGCCAAUGUCACAUCGGGUAUUGAGCGUUUUGCCAACAUCCAUGCUAAAGAUCGCCAAUUCUAGAUUUCUGUCAACGACCAGCGCUUCGGUCGACACAAAGCCAACAGCAGCAAAGCGGAGCAAGCAGGUAGACAUCCUCGAGCGUGAAAUCAGCCAGACCUACGCCGAGCUAAACACAUCAUCCUUCGACCUACCACGGGAGAUCGACAAGUCCCAAGUAUUCCGCAACGUCAACAAAGACGGCCGGAGUAACACCCCAUCCCCAGAACUAAACCGCCCAACAGCAGUCAACGGGUCUUCACGUCCAGCAUCACCACGCCUCACCUCCGAAGCACGCGCGGUCCUGUACAACCGCCAGCUGACCCACCGCAUAUGGACCCUCGCCACCCACAACGCCAACCCCGCUCUCGACCUAAUGACCUGCCUCGAGCGCAAGAAAACGAUCGGGUUUCGCUACGCAGACAUCACGCGGGCGAUUGUGAUGCGGCACGGCGCGAAGGACAAUCGGGUACCGCUUGACAAUGUGAAGUUCCUAGACAGUAUCCUCAAGCGCUCCGAACUGCGAAUACUGGAGGACGAGGGACAUAGUCUCAUGCGAAUGCCAGCGUUAUGA